AUGCCUGACAUUGCCAUCGGCAUGGCCACCUUGUCUGUGACAGACUGCGGGGGUCACAUGUCCAAGGACAAGCCAAUGACAAGCCGUCACAGCCCUGCCAAAGUCAACGUCAUGAACGAUAUGGAAAUGAGAAAUCGAGAAUUCAACAACUGCGUCUUACAGCUUGAGGAUUGUGAAGAGAUAGAUCUUACGUCACCACGAAAUGGCCUCCCUGUAAAAAAGCACGACGCAUCAAGCAACAACAACACCAACAAUGCAACAACGACCAACGCUAAUGCCAACAGGGAAACGGUUGCUUUUACUGGCGGUCAACGUCGGAGUUUGCUGGAAGGGUUCCUCGGAUGUCUACGUCCGGUUUGGACCAUCAUCGGCAAAGCCACAACCGCUGAGAAGCAAAUUACAGAUAACUGGGAGGUACCCUUUGAAGAUAUUCGCAAUCUGCAGUGGCUCGGGAGCGGUGCCCAGGGAGCGGUCUUCCUGGGCAAUUUAAGGGGCAACGACAUUGCCGUCAAGAAAGUAAGAGACGAGAAGGACAUCGACGUUAAGCAUCUACGGAAGCUGAACCACCCUCAUAUUGUAUCGGUCAAGGGUGUGUGCAUGCAGGCACCAUGCUACUGCAUCCUCAUGGAAUACUGCCCAUGUGGGCAGCUGUACGAGGUGCUGCGGGAGGGCCGCGAGAUUCCCCCGAGGCUCAUGGUGGACUGGAGCAAACAAAUAGCGCAGGGAAUGAAUUAUCUUCACGUGCACAAGAUCAUUCACAGGGAUCUCAAGUCACCCAAUGUUCUGGUAUCCACCAAUGACAUCUUAAAGAUCUCAGACUUUGGUACAAGUCGGGAAUGGAACGAGAAGAGCACCAAGAUGUCCUUUGCUGGAACUGUGGCAUGGAUGGCCCCCGAGGUCAUCCGCAAUGAACCCUGCUCGGAAAAAGUAGAUGUCUGGUCGUUUGGCGUUGUACUGUGGGAGUUACUAACGGGAGAGAUGCCCUAUAAGGAUGUUGAUUCGUCUGCCAUCAUCUGGGGCGUCGGCAGUAACAGUCUCCAGCUUCCGAUUCCGUCUACCUGCCCAGAGGGCUUUAAGCUUCUUAUGAUGCAAUGCUGGAGUGCCAAGCCUAAGAAUAGGCCCUCCUUCCGGCAGAUCAUGAUGCAUAUCGACAUCGCUGCUGCUGACUUCCUCUCUACCCCACAGGAGGCCUACUUUGACAAACAGGUUGAUUGGAGAGAGGAGAUCAAGUUGCAAUUUGAGAAGAUGAAGAGCGAAGGAUCUCAAAUCCAUCGGAUGGAUGAGGAACUCAUUAAAAGACGUCAGGCAGAACUCAGACAUGCUCAGGACAUACGCGAACACUACGAGAGGAAGCUGGAACGAGCAAACAAUCUCUACAUGGAACUCAGUACAUGUCUUCUACAGCUUGAACAACGGGAGAAAGAAAUCAAUAGGAAGGAGCUGCAAUUUGCGUUGAGCACCACAAAGAAGAAGCAGCAAAGGACAAUCAAGCCAAUCUUUAAGGCGCAGACCCAAGCCAUGGAGAAACUCUUCAAGAAAUCUCUAGCCACUCACAGCAGCUCUACCUCCACACUUAACAGGACGAUAAGCCCACCAUCUGAUCAUGCAGCCAGCAUGCCCGAGACUGACCCCGUCUCCCCUUUCAUCUCACCAAAAACUCCGCCCUCAUCUUCCAAGACGUCACCGAACAGAAUGCGCGUCCAGCGCAGGUCGCGACAUCAUCGCAACAGCAGCCACGGGCGUGGCAGCUUCGGAAAGGGGGGAGUCAGUCCCAAGGGGAGUUUCGGUAAGGGUGGAGUAAGCCCUGGGAAGGAGGUGCCUCUAUCUGAUUUAUCCGGUGCUGCCAUGACCUCCAAAGAAUCAAAAGGGACUGACGACGAUCGGGUAUGUCCAUCGGACUCGGAGAGACUGUCCGACUUGGAGAAGGCAAACAGUGAAAACUUCAAAUAUUUUGGUCCGUACGCCGCAAUUCGGCAACCCGAACUCAACACCAACAAUCGGACAAGAAGCUCAUGUACCUGUGUAGGAAGGACUGGGCUAUGUACUUGUAAAGGGAAAUAUCCCAACCGCCCAACAAGGAACCGACCUGGCAGGGCGAGUCAGUACAAUCCUGAACUCGGUGUAGCGUCGACGUCGCACGGGAGCGACAGUGACGAGAUUAACAGUAACACACCAACGGAUGUUCUUUCCCCCACCACAAACUGUGAUGAGAAUAUCAACGAUGACAAUGUUCUUCCGAGUAGUUACAUUGGAGAAAGGUUGGCCAUUCAGAUGUCGAGUCCCUUGAAGAGGUCACCGGGAGGAGCUAUAAGGAUCUCUAAGAGGAGUACCUCACCACACAUGAGGAGCGGAACCAGGACCAGGAGUAAUGGAGAUAUCAUUGUUGAUAUAACCAAGUGUUCAAGCAGCUUUUCAAGUGAUGAGCACAUUACAGCCAGUCAUUCUACUGAUGAAGAACACACAACCCACUCAGACAGGACGCAGAUGGGCAGUCGUCAAUCCUACCUAGCCUGCCGCUCCGAUUCCAAUUUCUCCGACGAUGGCAACACCAGUGAGUUGUCGCGGUCCAUCGUGUUGACGGAGCGGCCGUUGCGCACCCAGACCAGCGAUGUACUCAGCAUGAACCCAGAUGUAGCUGUUACAUCGGACGGUCUGUCCGAUAAGGAACGAGAGGUUAAGAAGGUCAUGAAGCAGAUUUCAAGAGAGAUGAUGUUUGAGUCUGAAGACCAUGGUCUGGACACGGACUCCUCCGAUUGCAGUGAUGGGGAGGAUGCACCAAAAGGGGCCAAAGGUCGUUCCAGAACGACCCUUGACAUCAAGGCCACUUGGUAAUGACGACCUAAUAAAGACGUCCAUGCAUAGAAUGUCAAGGUAGGAGGGAAGCCCUCCGAACUACAAAUCCAAAUAAAACACAGAAUGUGUUUGUAUGGACCAAUGCAGAAUGGUUUGGUUCUCCAAGAGGCCAACUUGUCUUUGUAACUAUGCAAGUCUGUGUGCAGCUAUAAGCUGUCAUUCACUGCUAAGAUAGUCUGGAGCCGAGGAGGUGACCACCUAACUCAUAUAAACAAUCAGUAGUCUACAGGAUGCCGGACUAAUAAUAUGGAGGUGCUUAGCCACCUGUGGCUGUGGCUUCUGACUUCAGCCGCCAUUUUGAAGUACAGACUGAUGACAGAUUGAUGUAGAAGCCACAGCUGUAGCCAUAGAGUGGUUUUGGUAAAGGUGAUAACCCAAGUUGAACCUCAACCCUUAGGUUUAGGUGUCAACACUGUUACAAGAUCCAUGUCUCUUAAAGACACUACGAGUUGAAAGUCUGAUGUAGAGAUAAUUUAGGUGAAUGAUAAAUGGGGGUUUUGACCUCCAAUUUCAAUCUUGAAUGAUGUUUUCUUAAUGCAGAAAGCUCAUUUCAAUUAUUUAGUGGUGAUCUGAUGUAAUCUGUAGAUCCCUUUUGACUUAGAUGGUCAGCUCAAUUUUGACCUCCAGUCCACGAUGAAUAUCUGUUCUUGUCCAAACAACUUGUUUUUCCCCCCUCUUUUUAAUUAGUGGUAAAGGAAAUAGAAAACUUCAUGGAAAUGUCGCAGUAGGCACGUUGAAUACGACCGCCAAGUGUGUAACAGGUUGACAAAAUUGGGAGACUCCCAAUAACCAGUGUAGAGCGCUGGCUUGUUAAUCCGGAGGUUGUUGAUUCAAGUCCCACUCUAGUCAAUGUUCAACCCCACAUCAGGGCCCAAUUUCAUAG